GGGAAAAUCCCUGUCACUUUUCUUUGUUGUUAUUCUUUGAUGGGUUGAAUCUGUCAGCUGUUGGAAAAAUGUUUUUCGAAAGAAGCUUCUUCCCGGAUUAUUUUUCGAUAGAUGAUAUAAUGGCAACACAGGAACGUGUUCCAUGUAAAUUCGAAGUGCAAGUGUUGCGCUUAGGUUUCCUCGAUCAGGGUUCCGAAAGUGAGCAUAUUAAUGCUGGUACUAAUAUGGAACUACCAUAUUGGUUGGCACGUGCCCUUGGCCAUCAAAGACAGAAGAUUGUAUCAGUGGACAUUCCAAAAGUGUAUAAGGAAGCAUACAGGGAAAUUCUCAAGGCAGAUUCUUGUGUUGUAGAUCUCUACAAGUUUGGUGCAUAUUUUUACGAGUUUGGCAUCUACAUAUCACUUCUGGGACACCGUGAGGGUCCAGAGAUCAGGGAAAUUCUUGUAAAGACAUUUCGAGAGCGCCUGCGCCAGGUGACAGACUGGGCACAGAAUAUGGAAGCGGAGCCGGGAAGAAUUCUCCGCCUCGACACUCUCGAGCGAGGUCUGCUCCAUUCGGGGCAGAAAGCUCAUUGUCAACUGGAGGUGUGGCUGACGUCUGGGGCUGGAGGCCUUGUUGCCUCAACAAUGGUUGUGCAGCACAAGAAAAGACGCCUUGCGAUGGAGAACCAGAUAUAGAAGGCUGUUUCCGUCAUCCCACUAGUAUGUUAUAGCAUCAGCUGGGGGCAGUGCUCCCAAUAUCCUUAGUUGUGUAUUACUUCUUGUACUAUGUUGUCCAUGUAAAUAAAACCAAUAUUUAAUUAGUAAUUGAUUAAGGUAAGAAAAAAAAACUAGAGAUGGAUGUGCAACUUUUUAGCUAUUUUUAGACAAAAUAACUUCUGUAGUGUUAGUUAAUGUAAGUAUUUGAGCAGUUUUUACUUCAGUAAACUGUGAUAUGUAAUCUAAAUUGACUGUCAUAAAUUUAAUAGUUUAGGUCA